AUGUGUCCUGUUUCUCCUCACGCUUGCUCAGGAGCCGCUCAGACCAUAUCAGUGCAGGGUCAGAACCUGGUGACGAAUAAUGUCUCAGUGGUCGAGGGCGAGAUGGCUAUCAUCAGCUGCCGGGUGAAAAACAACGACGACUCCGUCAUCCAACUGCUCAACCCCAACCGACAGACCAUCUACUUCAGAGACGUUAGACCCUUGAAGGAUAGUCGGUUUCAGCUGGUUAACUUCUCAGACAACGAGUUGUUGGUGUCGUUGUCCAACGUGUCACUCUCGGACGAGGGCCGGUACGUGUGCCAGCUCUACACGGAUCCUCCGCAAGAAGCCUAUGCAGACAUCACAGUGCUGGUUCCACCAGGCAACCCAAUCUUAGAGUCCCGCGAGGAAAUCGUGAGUGAGGGGAAUGAGACUGAGAUAACCUGCACCGCCAUGGGCAGCAAACCUGCUUCCACCAUCAAAUGGAUGAAAGGAGACCAACCACUGCAAGGUGAGGCGACUGUCGAGGAGUUAUACGACAGGAUGUUCACUGUCACCAGCCGGCUCAGGCUCACCGUCUCUAAGGAGGACGAUGGAGUGGCCGUCAUCUGCAUCAUUGACCACCCAGCCGUGAAGGACUUCCAGGCCCAGAAAUACCUGGAAGUGCAGUAUAAACCAGAAGUGAAGAUUGUGGUGGAAUUCCCAGAGGGUUUGACCAGAGAAGGAGAAAAUCUUGAGCUGACGUGCAAUGCUAAAGGAAAACCGCAGCCUCAUCAAAUUAACUGGCUCAGAGUGGAUGAUGAUUUCCCCUCCCACGCCGUGAUUACUGGCUCUGAUCUCUUCAUCGAAAACCUUAACAAGUCCUACAAUGGAACGUACCGCUGUGUGGCAUCUAACUUAGUGGGAGAAGCCUAUGAUGAUUACAUUCUUUACGUAUAUGAUGUUCUCACCACAACCCCCCCACCCACCACUACCACCAUCAACGCUUUCCAAGAUUCAAGAGCAGACGGAGCGCCACAGAAAAUUGAUCACGCCGUCAUUGGCGGCGUUGUCGCGGUGGUGGUGUUCGCCAUGCUUUGUCUCCUGAUAGUUCUCGGACGAUAUUUCGCGAGACACAAAGGUACCUACUUUACCCACGAAGCCAAAGGAGCGGACGAUGCCGCGGACGCCGACACCGCCAUCAUCAACGCAGAGGGUGGACACAACAAUUCGGAUGACAAGAAGGAAUACUACAUUUAACUCUGACUAGACCUGCUAGCUUCCUGUGCUGAACAGCAAACUGUGGACUGCUGGGUUGGGAGGAAGGGGUUGUGGGAUUCAAUCAGGCUGGAUUCACACCUGUGCAGCUGGAGAGACGGUGAGGAGAAGGUGCUGCCAUCCAGACGGACGGGGUGUGGGAUGGCAGAGCACUAGGAGAGCUCAAUUUUAGACCGCUUCACCAUCCAACACCUCCUGCUGGGGUCGGUUUUGUUCAGUUUCAACAUUUGCUAAGAAUUUUGUGCCUUGUUCUGUUCUUACUGAAGUUCCCACUUUAAUCAGGACACCCACAAGCUACUGUCUCUCGAACGGUCCAAACCCAAUUUGUUUUUUUUAUUAUUAUUAUUCGUUUCAUUUCGGUUUUAAUUGCCAGCGCAUCUUAAAGCUCUCUCUCAUGCCGUUCUGUCUGCAGGUCUGAAAGAAAGCCACACACAAAGUUUCGAUGCAAGAUUCAGUCACAGAACGAUCUCUCGGGUUGUUUUCAUGGAUUGGUUCCAAGUAAUUUAUUUGGCAAAUUGCCUGUUGCUCUCCUUAGUCCCUCAGAGAACGAGUUAGAGAUGAUACAAACCAUUUUUGUUGUGACCAACAACAUUGAGCAGCACUAUUGUGCUGUUGCAUUAUUUAUUAGAUAUACUGUAUAUGAUUAUAAUCGCUUGUGUUGGUAUUAGGGCUGUCAGUUGAACAAAUUACUUUCGCAAAAAAUAUAAUAAUAAAAUGCAAUCAAAGUCAUUAAUGCCCCUUGACCAAUAUUUCAAUUGAGUUUUAAAAAUAUUAUUAUUAGGCAUUAUCUUUAUAAGUUCUGCUUUGCUUUUUAUAAAAGUCAUGUUAUGCAAUCAACAUGCAGAAACGUGGUAUUUAUCAAUUAACGAGUUGUUAUAUUUGUUAAAAAAUUCUCUUUUACUUUUGUUCAACUACUGGACAUGGCGCAAUAAAAUGUGGUAUUCAUGGUGUACCGUGCCAAAGAUGUUUUAUAUUUCAACAAAAUAUCAGAACAGAUUGACAACCUCAAUUACACCGCAGGAUGAUGCGACUUAUAUUUAGACAUAUGGAAAUAAAACUAAGUAUUGUCUUCUAAAGCAUAAUUUGAAUUAAUUUGAUUCACUCAUCGUCAGCCCGUGUUGUAGUCGGUUUGAUUAAAACUUUUAAACGAUUGACAGCCCUAAUUGUUUCAUAGAUAUACUGUAUGUGAUUAUAAUCGGCUUGUGUUGAUAUUCAUUCCGGCUUGUAUCGCAUUAUCCAUAAACCAACUCCACUCACAGACUAAUUUAUUGUAAUUAUGCCCAAGCAUUAAAAAUGAAUGCCAAAGCAAAGAAGAGCAGAACGGCUCCUGACUCAGCUGUACAGGAAGGCCGUCACAAAGAUGUCCCCUUCUACGAAAAAACGAAACCUAUUUAUCAAAGUGUAAAAUAGCUUUCAUUUUUAGCCUGUUCUCAUUCAGUAGGCUCAGUAUGAGGUCGAGGUCAAGUGAGUUUCUCCAACUAUUGUUAGUGCUUCUGUGCGCUUCUCAUAGUGACAUUAAAAAAAAAAAAUAUUUGUAAUAAUGAAAUAGAUGGAGCCUGUUUGUUGUAAGCCAUAGUCACAGUUGUGCCCUCUUGUUUCGGUUAGCAGCUCUUUUUCUGGAUUCCUUCAAUCCAGCUCAUGUGUAGAUGCCAGACUGAAUGUAAUAACUCUACAAUAACGCAAUAGUUUCUAAAAGCGAGUCCUGGAUGUUGUCUCAUCAAACAUGAUGUAUGUGUUGGAGAAGUUUCCCAGGGACACUAAUGUUUCUUCACUCUCAUUAUAGAUGUAUGGGGAGUGAAAUUAUUACGUUAUUGUGGAGUUAGUAUAUAUUGGUGAUUUAUCACACAUUGGUCAUAUCUUUGGCCCUGCGUUCAGUGUUAUAGACGAUGGGACGGAGACGCGUUGUUUUUGAUUGACUACACGGGGGCAUUUUUGGAGAGUACGGUUAACAUUGUAAAGUCCUUGUGACAAAAUUGUUUGGUCAUAGCAUUUACAUGAAUUUGUGUAUUAUCAAGUGCUAUUUUUUUUAUUUUUUUUUUUGUUGGUUCGCUUGUUAUGUUUUUUCUUAGUGUUACUCCUGAGAUUAUCUGGCAGGUGAGCUUUAUUUAGAUUUGAAAACGCUAUUAAAUGAUGGUAUAUUUGUGCGAGGAUCUUGUAGCUAAUGCCACUCUUUAUACUUGGUUAUACGGAAACUUUCCUUUUGAUUGUCAUUGUAUGUUGUACAGAAUUUUGUGGUUUUAUACAGACAGUAGAUUUAUUUUAACAUAUCAUGUUUCGAAUGCCUACAACACUAAACUGAUUGAGAAUCAAGUAAAUGAAUGUUAAAUUUAAAAAAUGUUAAAUUACGCCCCCUAAAAAAAAAUGUUGGACCCAAUUACAUACACUACAGUUCAAAA